AUAGAAAUAAUAUGGCUGGUUGUACCUGAGAGCUUCGCGGAGCCGCUUCUUUAACCAUAAUUAAUGGUGUACCGAACCCGUGCUGCGGAGCCAGUGAUUGGACCGGACCCGCUCAGCCGCUGAUGGAGCACAUCCGACUGCCGAAGGUGGAGAAUGUCCGGCUGCUGGACAGAGUAUCCCCCAGAAGGAGCAGGGUGGGCACCCUCUACCUGACGGCCACCCACAGCAUCUUCGUGGAGAGCGAGACUGGAGGCCGCAGUGAAACAUGGGUGCUCCACGGUUUGGUGUGCAGCGUGGACAAACAGGCUGCCAGCGCCUCGGGGUGUCCUCUGCUGAUCCGCUGCAAGAACUUCCAGAUUCUUCACUUCAGCAUUCCUAGAGAGCAGGACUGUCAGGACGUCCACCUGUCCCUGCAGCGGCUCUCCCAGCCCGAGCGCUACGAGGAACUGUACUGCUUCUCCUACCAGCCCAACGUUGACGAGGAGGCGAGGCGGCGGGAGUGGGCCUUCGUUGACCUCAAGGCCGACUUCAGCCGGAUGGGACUCCCGAACGCCCAGUGGAAACUCUCCCCGGUCAACCAACACCAUAAGGUGAGCGACACUUACCCCGCCGAGCUGUUUGUACCCGACUCCGCCGCGCCCCCGGUGCUGGUGGGCAGCUCCAAGUUCAGAAGCAGAGGCCGAUUCCCCGCCCUGUCCUACUACUCCAAAGAAAACCAUGCUGCCAUCUGCCGCAGCAGCCAGCCCCUGUCGGGUUUCAGCGCUCGCUGCCUGGAGGACGAGCAGAUGCUGGAGGCCAUCUUGAGGUCCAAUCCCCGCAGCCACUUCAUGUAUGUGGUGGACACCAGGCCCAAGUUGAACGCGAUCGCGAACAGGGCGGCAGGAAAAGGCUACGAGAACGAAGACAACUACUCCAACAUAAAGUUCCAGUUCAUGGGGAUCGAGAACAUCCACGUCAUGAGGAACAGCCAGCAGAAAAUGCUGGAAGUGUGCGAGCUUCGUUCUCCCUCCAUGUCCGACUUCCUGGAGGGCUUGGAGAGCUCAGGCUGGCUGAAGCACAUCAAAGCUGUUCUGGAUACCGGCGUCUUCAUCGCCAAGGCUGUUGCAGAAGGCAUCAGUGUCCUGGUCCACUGUUCAGACGGGUGGGACCGCACAGCCCAGGUGUGUUCAGUGGCCUGCGUGCUGCUGGAUCCCUACUACAGGACCCUGAAAGGACUCAUGGUCCUCAUUGAAAAAGACUGGGUCUCAUUUGGACACAAGUUCACUCAAAGAUGCAACCAGUUGGCGGGAGACCCCAAAGAGGUGUCUCCGAUCAUCGAUCAGUUCCUGGAGUGCGUGUGGCAGCUGAUGGAGCAGUUCCCCUGCGCCUUCGAAUACAACGAGAAUCUCCUGAUCACGAUUCACAGCCACAUCUACUCCUGCCAGUUCGGGAACUUCAUCGGCAACAACCAGCGGGAGAGGAGAGAGCUCCGUGUUCACGAAAAGACUCACUCUUUGUGGAGUUACCUUUGGACGAACCGCGCAGAGUUCACCAACCCCCUGUACAGACAGAACCACAGCCAGUCUCAAGGACUCCUCCGACCGUCUACCGCCCCCUACUGCUUUAAAUUUUGGAGAGGGCUGUACAACCGGUUUGACCGCGGGAUGCACCCCCGACAGUCGGUGGAGGAUUAUUUGAGGGUCAUCCGAGAGGAGACGCAGCAGCUGGAGGAGCAGCUGGAUUCCCACAAGCAGAAAAUAGCCGAGCUGGAGCAGGCACAGGAGUGGAGCCACGUCCACAAAGCUGCCGUGUUUGAUCAGAGCUCGACGGCGCGGGCCCUCGGGAAGAACCUCGCUCUGGCCAACACUCCUCAAGACUACACCGGCGGCCUCCUCGCCGGCACUCCCGUGGCGGCGGACGGCCCGCUGAUCCUCGCGCCGCAGGAUCCCGACCAGACGGCGGACCCCAACCUCUCCAACGGCAGCGACCCGGAGUCCGGGAUCGCAGACGUGAGAUGCCGCUCCCCCUUCAGCGAGGACAGCGCCAGGGACCCGGACUCGGACGAGGCGGCCUACUCGGCCGCCUGAGCAAAAACGUAGCAAACGCCCCGGGGUUUGAAAACAUCACUCCGACAAACGGCCGCGCGUCCAACUUUCGUUUUUAGUUUACAGUGAUUCUGGGCAGCGCCUGGUUUCCCACAAUCCCGAAGCUGUAGCUGACUCCCGUUUUUUUUGUAGUGUACAGAAAAGGAAAAGUACAUCGCUGAAUAUUUUUAAGCUGUCUAAUCUGAUCUUCCACGAAGGCGUAAUAAUUAAGAUCGACUUACAGAGACUAAAGGAAGCCAUUUGAACGUCCAUGCCUGUUUGUAGAAUACGAUCGUCCAGAAAGUUUAACUACAAAGUGUUUAUGCCCCUUUCACCUUUUCCCAUUUUGUCACAUUACAACCGCAAACUUCAGUCGAGGUUUCAUUUGAUAAACCAAAGUGGAAGUUGUUGUUUUUUGUGUUUGUUUACAGAUUGAAAUAUUUGGCUGAACUUUUUUCUGAAAAGUAGCUCAAGCGUAGUCAAGUUGGACGAACAGCAUCUGUGAACGAAAACGUCCCACAAAAGUCUUCCCGCAAAUACUGAAUUUAUGUCUGGGCUUUGACUAGGCCAUUUGAUCUCAUAAAUAUGCUUUUACUUUAUGUUCAGGGUUUUCGUCAUGCUGGAAGUUAAACCUCCUCUUCAGGUUUUAGCCUUAUCCGUCUUCUCCUCAAUUUUUUUUUCCCCAUCAGAGAAAAGCGUGCCCACGGCAUGACGCUACGACUACCGCUACAUUUCGCUCUGUAUUCAUUUUCAAUGCGUCAAAGUUCAGAGCGGGAACCUGGCAGAAUCCGAAUAAACUCCAGAGGAACGACGCGUUUGCAGGGAUCCGUCCACCGGCACCACGGAGACAAACCGCACCUGAUUUGUUCCCACGCGAAAUCAGAAACGCAGUCAGACGGAGAAGAGACUCGAACUGAAUCUGAAUCGGCAACAAACGUGUUUUGUUGAUGCUGUGAAACAUCCAUUGUUGUUUGUUCUCAUUAAUGUUGCUGUGCGUCCUACACCUGAGGCUUCUAGCUUCGCCUGGAGAGCAAUAGUUGUCUUGUUGAAUAUUUAUUAUUUAAUGAAUGUCAGAGAUAUUACAGGACCACGGCGGCUGAGUGGAGGAUGUGAUGGGAGCACGUGAACACAAACGUAUUGCUUCCUUCAGAUUAGUAAUUCACCUUACAAAGUAUUUUUUCUACUAUAGACACUAUUAAACUAUUUGUUUUAAAUCUGCUGUAUUUUUAAGUGUGGAUCAUAUAUUACUGUGCAAUUAAACAAUGAAACAAGAGAUGAUAAACCAAUGCAUGGCAGCAUAUUUUUGUACUAUGACCUAUUAUUUUUGUUAUAUUUUUAUGUUAAAUGCCUGUUCUUGUUUUUUUUUAUUUGUUUGUUUUUUUUGUCAGUGGAACAAAAAUAUCAGUCGAAUUGAAUGUUGCAUUUAUUUAUAUACCUAUAUAUUAUAAAAAAAGCUUUACAGAUUUUCACCAGUGGUUUUAUUUGUUCGGGUAAGCAAAGACCAACUACAACUGCUAUAAAUGUAAUGGUGUGGAAACAUCGUGUGAAAUAAAUAUAACAUUAUACGUA